AUGCCUCCAAUUUUGCCGGACUUCUCCAACUCCGUCAAACUCAAGUAUGUAAAACUCGGCUACCAGUACCUUGUCAACCACAUUCUCACCCUCACUCUCAUCCCCAUCAUGGCCGGUAUUUUCUUGGAGGUGCUUCGUCUCGGCCCCGACGAGAUUCUCAAGCUCUGGACCUCCCUCCACUUCGACCUAGUCCAAAUCCUCUGCUCCUCCUUCCUCAUCAUCUUCAUCGCCACCGUCUACUUCAUGUCCAAGCCCCGCACCGUCUUCCUCGUCGACUACGCCUGCUUCAAGCCCCCCGUCACCUGCCGCGUUCCCUUCUCCACCUUCAUGGAGCACUCCCGCCUCAUCCUCAGCAACAACCCCAAAUCCGUCGAGUUCCAGAUGCGGAUUCUCGAGCGCUCCGGCCUCGGCGAGGAGACUUGCCUCCCUCCCGCCAUUCACUACAUCCCUCCCAACCCCACCAUGGAGGCCGCCAGGGGCGAGGCCGAGCUCGUCAUCUUUUCCGCCAUGGACGCUCUCUUCGAAAAGACGGGCCUCAAGCCCAAAGACAUCGAUAUUUUGAUCGUCAACUGCAGCCUCUUCUCCCCUACCCCCUCCCUGUCUGCCAUGGUCAUCAACAAGUACAAGCUCAGGAGCAACAUCAGGAGCUUCAACCUCUCCGGCAUGGGCUGCAGCGCCGGCGUUAUCUCAAUCGAUUUGGCGCGUGACCUUCUCCAAGUGCAUCCCAAUUCGAACGCGGUGGUGGUUAGCACCGAGAUCAUAACCCCUAAUUAUUACCAAGGCAACGAGCGGGCUAUGCUUCUGCCCAACUGUCUCUUCCGGAUGGGUGGGGCCGCCUUGCUUUUAUCGAACCGAAGAUCCGAGCGCCGACGCGCCAAAUACCGAUUGGUCCACGUGGUCCGGACCCACAAGGGAUCUGACGAUAAGGCGUAUCGGUGCGUGUUCGAGGAAGAGGACAAGGAGGGCAAAGUGGGGAUUUCGCUCUCGAAAGAUCUGAUGGCGAUCGCAGGAGAGGCGUUGAAAUCGAACAUCACGACGAUGGGGCCGCUGGUGCUUCCGGCGUCGGAGCAGUUGCUCUUCCUUCUGACGCUGAUCGGCAGGAAAAUCGUGAACCCGAAAUGGAAGCCGUACAUUCCGGAUUUCAAGCAGGCGUUCGAGCACUUCUGCAUCCACGCUGGAGGGAGGGCGGUGAUCGACGAGCUGCAGAAGAACCUGCAGCUGUCGGCGGAGCACUGCGAGGCGUCGAGGAUGACGCUGCAUAGGUUUGGCAAUACGUCGUCGUCUUCGCUGUGGUACGAGUUGGGGUACAUUGAGGCGAAGGGGAGGAUGAGGAAAGGUGAUAGGGUUUGGCAGAUAGCGUUCGGGAGUGGGUUUAAGUGCAACAGUGCGGUUUGGAAGUGUAAUCGGAGCAUCGAAACGCCGUCGGAGGGGCCUUGGGCUGAUUGCAUCGAUAGGUAUCCGGUUCAUAUUCCUGAAGUUGUGAAGCUCUAA